CAUCGGGGUGUCAUCGGUUAUUUUUGAAAUUUCGACCUUCGAUUGCCAGAGCCUUAGAGAAAACAAUGACAGCCACGGCAUAAUUUGUGCCUCCUGGACUCGUUGACAAACCAACACUUGAAACUGCCGGUGGUUGUUGCUCCAGUUCUUCGUUCCUGAUCGAGUGAUAACAUGUCUAGCAACGAAAGAGAGAGCUGGGGAAACCAUUGCGAAUUCUUCCUCACCAGCUUGGGGUUGGCGGUGGGAUUGGGCAAUGUAUGGCGAUUUCCCUAUGUUUGCUACACUAACGGAGCGGGAUCCUUUCUCAUCCCAUACAUCUUGAUGCUGCUCAUCGUCGGGAUUCCAGCUCUUUUCGUGGAAUCUUCAAUAGGCCAGUAUGGACGCGCUGGAGCAAACAAAGUGUUUGGUCGGUUGACUCCAAUUUUUAAGGGCCUUGGUUAUGGAAUGUUGGUAGUGCGGUUCCUGGUUAACGUAUACUACGUUGUGAUUUGUGCUUGGGCCCUGUUCUAUCUUUGUGCCGGAUUCACGGCCAAUUUGCCUUGGAAAGGAUGCGUGAACUCGUGGAAUACGGACGAUUGCUACGAUAUCGACCAAGCCGAGGAGUGUAAUCCAGACUUGGAAUAUGAAGAGUGGAACAUGACAUUUUAUCAGAAAGUUUGUGUUACCAAGGAGCAUUACUGUCAGAGCCACGGCUAUUCAACGUACGAUGCCGAAUCGGAAGUGUGCAUCGCCGAAGACCUCUCUGGGAUGAGCGACACGAAUUUUACUGAAGUCCUUCAAAGCCGAAGCAUAUCUCCCGCAGAGGAUUACUUGAAUGGUAGAGUGCUUGGCUUGACCAAGGACUUUGCCACCGGCGAACAAUACGAUUGGUACGACUUCGGAGGACUCCGUUGGGAGUUGUGUUUGUGCUUGCUCUUGGCCUGGCUCCUAGUGGUUUUGAGUCUGAUCAAAGGCUUGCAAUCCUUAGGCAAAGCUGCCUAUGUAAUCACUUUAUCGCCGUACUUUGUGCUCACCGCUCUGUUGAUCUACACAACCCAAUUGGAAGGGUCUGGAAAUGGGAUCAGCUAUUACUUGGCUCCUGAGUGGGACAAACUCGCAGAAGUUCAAAUCUGGUCCAAGGCUGCUUCUCAAAUUCUAUUCUCGCUCUCCGUGGGAUUUGGAUCGCAAUUGGUGUUGUCCAGUUACAAUCAAUUCAAGAAUAAUACACAAAGAGAUUCAAUUCUGAUCUCGAUUUGCAACUCGUUAACCAGCAUAUACGCCGGAUUCGUCGUAUUCUCCAUCCUUGGCUAUCUCGAGUAUAAAACAAAGUCUCCCAUCGACCAGGUUGUCCAAGGUGGAAUCAGUCUAGCCUUUGUCUCCUACCCGACGGCCGUAUUGGAAAUGACCCCUCCUCCAUUAUGGUCAUUCCUGUUCUUCUUCAUGCUGAUCAAUUUGGCAUUAUCUUCAAUCUGCGGUGGAGUUCAGACGUUCAUUGCCUUCAUUUUGGACGAGAAGCCGGAAUGGAACCGCCACCGGGUGAAGAUCGUGAUCAUCGUGUGUAUUAUAUACUUCCUCUUAGGACUACCCAUGUGCAUGAACGGAGGCAUUCAUCUCUUCACCAUCUUCGACAAGAGAACCACGUCUUCCCUCCUUUUUAUCACAAUGCUGGAAAUCAUCAUCGUAGCCUGGUUCUACGGAGUCAAUCAAUUUUUCAAGGCCGCCAAGGAAAUGGACAUUCCUAUUCCAACCUUCGUAGCCUGGUUGUGGCGAAUCAUGUUAGUGGUCGUUACCCCUUUGCUCUUGGCCAUCAUCACAAUCUUAUCAUGGAUCAAUCACGAAGACAUGGCGUACAACAAUUACGUUUACCCCAAUUCAGUGCAAAUAUGCGGCUGGGUCAUGGAACUCUUGCCCCUGGGAAUCACCGCCGUCUACCCUCUGUGGACCUUGUGCAAGGCCAGAUCAAAAGAGGGAAGGAUGAUCGAUCUGCUUUUCAAGCCCACAGAUUCUUGGUUUGAGGCACAUAUUUUGGAAGAAGAAAAUGCGGCUGCGGCAGAUUUAGCAAGCCGAAAGUCCUCGACAAGUCGACAGUCGAGGAAAAGCUUGAAAUCUACGUCUAGUAAAUCGGAAGGAAAGGAUAAUGAAGGUUUCAGGAGCGAUUAACUUUGCUCUUUCGACAUGCCAAUUUGAAUGCUGUUUAUGUACUAAGGAACAUUUUCCUUUAUCAUUAGCCCAAUCUUUAUGAACCUAUUUUUAAACAAAUGCGCCGCUCUGUAUUUUAUUGAAUUUUGAAGAAAGAUGUGAAUUCUCUGAAAUAGCCAAUACACACGCUGAUAAGGCAA